CACGACCCAGUUGAUUUUUAGAAAAGUAUUAAAUUUUACAUAAAAUAAAUUAACCAGAAUGCGCUCGAACAGAUCCAUACCCGUAUCGCAAUUGGGCCGCCUGCCCAAAUCCAAAUCGCGUACAGCUAUCAGAAGAGACACCAGAUCAGUAAAUCUUCCUGUAGCCGAUCUCCACAACCUAGAGCAUUACAUAGUCAUCCCGCCGGAUGGUGGAUACGGUUGGGUAAUUGUAGCGGUCUCGUUUAUAGCCUAUUUUCUAAUCGAUGGGAUCGGUUAUACGUUCGGAAUCUUCCUGAGCGAGCUCAGCAAAGAGUUCCACGUCCAUCCAGCGGACGUUGCAGUGAUCAGCUCCUAUCUGGACGGGUUCUAUUACGUGACCGGGCCUAUAUCAUGCGCACUGUGCAACCGGUACGGGUUUCGCUUCGUGGGGAUGCUGGGAGGCCUGGCAGCGGCGGGAAUAUUCGUCAGCGCGAGCUACUCGGAGGAUUUUUUCAUAUUCACCAUCCUCAUCGGCGGUUGCAUGGGAGUGGCUUUCAAUUUCAUCUACACGUCGGCUUUGUUGAUCGUGGGUUUCUACUUCGAAAGGUACCGAGCACUAGCCACGUCGAUUUCCGUGACCGGCUCCUCCGUAGGGCUGAUGGUGCUGCCCACGCUCUUCACCGUCUUCGAGCCCAAAAUACUGGAUUGGAGAUGGAAAUUCAGGAUAAUCGCUGCAUCGUUUCUCUUCUUAACGUUGCUUAUUAUAGCUUACAAACCGCUCGCUCCUACAAAGCUGCUGGAACAGACGCCUUUUCAGCUCAAGACAGACGAUUCGAACUCUUACCUUCUGGAACCUAACGAGUCGGGCAUGGGAAUUAAAAGGAUAUUCGAUAACUACCAUAAUGCCGUUUAUCCCACUAUUGCCGAUUACGCUGCUAAUUUGGAAUCUCACGCCAGGAAACCGGACGAGCCGUUCAAAUUCCUAGCCAUUCUACCAGAAACCAGCAGAUCUGAAAGUAUGUUCAGAGAAUUAUCGGCUGACGAUGACGGUUCUGCUUACAGGGACGAUGAAUCGCUGGACUCCCAUCAGCACCCGACCUGCAUAUUUAUAUCGUGCUUCAGGAUUUGCCGAAACAACCAAAACCGAAAAAUAGGAUGCAAAGUCACACCUCCGUAUGCAUCCACUAGGUGUAGAAGCAAAUGCUGCCGCAAGAGGAACAUAUUCGGCACGGUAGAACACAUAAAUAGACCCCUCUAUCGAGACGACAUUCUGUUCCAAGGCUCCUUAGCCACGUUGCCGGAGUACAAUUACGGAAGAUCGAGGAUAACCAUUCCCGUACAAUUUUCCCAACCGGCAUCGAGACUAAUAAGGAAUAUCAGCUAUCACAUGUCUGUUUCCAGAGUGAUUUCGUACAAAGAUAUUACAGAGCAAAAUAAAUGCAAAUGCUGCCCGGAGUCAAUACUAAGAGUAUUGGUAACCAUGUUUGACUUCAAACUCUUCAAGUCUAUAGCUUUCUGCCUGAUCACGCUCAGCGGAUUUCUCACCAUGAUGGGCCUCUAUAUACCCUUCAUCUUUAUAGUAGAAAGAGCACGCGAAUUGAAAUUCAAAGAGCCCUGGCCUACGCAACUCCUGACAGCGCUGGGCGUAGCGAACAUGGCAGGGAGAAUAUUCUGCGGAACGAUGUCCACAUCGCCCAAGAUCGACGCGAUGGUGCUGACUUGGUUCACGCUUUUGCUGGGCGGCUUCGCCGUGCUGGCGGCGGCGUACGCGCGCGCCUUGAUCUCCUACGUCGUGAUGGUGGUAACGUUCGGCUUCUGUGUAGCCAGCUUCAGUACGUUGCGUACGGUGUUGUUGGUUGAUAUUGUCGGAUUGGAGAAUUUGACCAACAGCUUCGGAAUUAGCAUCCUGUUCUACGGCGUCGCGGUUUUCGUGGGAGUACCGUUGUCGGCUAAUCUGGUGGCUGCUUAUGGAACGUACAGGUAUUGUUUUAUGCUAGCAGGAGCCGUUAUAUUCUCUAGUGGAAUAAUAUUGCUACCUGUUAACAGAAUAAACAGAUACGAACGGAAUAAAAGAAGGCAUACGGUGCAAUUCGAUGAGCAGAUAGUGUUUUAGAAGAACGUAAUUUUCGAUUCACUAGCAACUCAAUCAUACAUAACUUUUGUUAAUACAUAUGUCUUCUACACAUUUGGCUUGUGAAUUACUAUUUUAAUUAUAAUGCGCAGAAUAAAAAUGUUCCAAUACUUUAUUUAUUUAUUAGCAUAAAAAUGAUCCCAUCACAAAAUUCUACAGGCGGUAUUGUUAUUACUAUUUUAGGUUCGAAGUUUUACUGUUAAUAAAUACAUAACACACCUGUAGAAAUAAUUAAGGACGAAGAACAAAAUAUAUUAGUAAAUAUAAUUGUUAAUUAUGUAAUUAAUUUCAAAAUAGUAAGAAGAGAUAAAUUGUCAAUGAAACAAACAUCUCAUCACAAAGAACGCAGCGAUUAGCCGCAAAGUAUUCGCCACAACACAAAGAGAAUAAAUAUAAUAAUAAAUUAGAAAACGUAGAAAAAUUCGAUGAGGAUCAAUUUUUAUUCGUAAUAUGCAUUGAAAUCUAACUCCUGUUCAUCCUGUUACCCCAUCCCCUUCUGUGGUCGUCCUUGUACUCGUCCUUAGCUCUCAUCCUUGCGAUGUUCUCGUCGUCGUCGUCAUCAAUGAGCUUAUCUUUGUGUUCUUCUUCUUUGUCCUCUUCGUACAGCGAUACGCCCGCCAAAGCUGCUUCUUGUAGAGUAGACGGAGCUUUUUUUGGCUUGUUUGGAUCGGGAAAUAUUCCGUCUUCGACUCUUUUUUCAUAAAAUUCUUGCACCUAGAAGAUUAUAAUUAUAUUAUACAAAUUGCUGGGGUGUGAGGGUUUCAAUAUGCUUACAGUCAUUACAGGUAAUGAUGGAUACCCGGCACCGAAUACAGUUUUUUGUAUUUGAUCUUUUGUAAUAAUAAUGGGUUUCAAAGGAGGAGGAGGAGGUCUUUUAGGUUGGGCUUUUUCCUCCUUCGUCAUACUAGCCAUGUGCUCCAGAAUAGGCUUUUCCAUGUCUAUGCUAUUCAGUUCAUCGAUGGAUUCGUAAAUGAAUAAUUUUAUCAUUGUCAGAAAAUACUUUCGUUUUAUUUCUUCGUCUACGUGUUCGUUUUCGAUAUUUUUCUUCAAAUCUUCCAAGUUUGCUUUCAGUUCCCUUUGUUCUUUG